GAAGCGGCACUCUCAAGGGGAAGGUAAGUCGUCGGCGCCGUGUGGGAUGUUGCCGCUGCACGAAGAGGGUGGUGAAGUGCAUCGCCCAGGUCCUUUGGAAGAUCUUGAAAUUCAUUGGUUGGACCAUCAUCCGCAUCAUUUGCCGACGGCGCUUGAGAAGGGCUGCAUUGGAGCGCAACCAAUGGAUCACCUUCAAACCGCGCCCGGACCGUUUGGAUGACAUCGCGCAGCGGGAGGCAGAGUACCGGGAACACAUCGUGAAAAUCUACAAUGCCCGUGGUCUUCGCGGGCGUACGAUUCUUUACCGGCUUCUGUCCCGACGUGUUCGCUAUAUCCGGAUGCGGGUUCGAGAAGCGCUGGCCGAAGUCUUCGGGGCCCGUGAUCCUGUUUCAGGUGUUCCAAAUGACCUGCUGGAGCGCUACCGUUUGCUGAACGUGCUUGGAGAGGGACCGCACGGACAGGUGUUCAGCGCCUGCUGGAACCAAGAGGGUGACCCGGAGGAGUUGACGAAGCAAGAGCUGAAGAAGGGCCGCCUUGUUGCCAUUCGGAUCCGCGACAAAUCCACGGGACACAUUGUCAGGAUGGACCUCAACUUCUCAGCGACGCUUCUCCGCAACCGCGCCCUGCCUUGGCCCCCCGCACUCCGCAUGCUGCGGAGGCUGCUCGCAAGGCUGCGCUUGGUCAAGCGGCCUAUUCUCCACGAGACCAUCGUGAAGCUUCAGCAUGUGGAGGACACACGUGAGUUCUUCAUCGAGGUUUUGGAGUACCUGCCAGGUGGCACCUUGUACCAGUACUUGGAGAAGAAGGAGAUGCUGGACGAAUACACUGCCUGCCGUGUUUCCCUCCGUAUCCUGAAGGCUCUUGAUCAUCUGCACGCCCGGCGAUUACUGCAUCGAGACCUUCGCCUUCAGCAGUUCGUCCUGGCGGAAGCUGACGACCCGGAAAGUUGCAAGCUUGCAGAUCUUUGGUGUUUGGCCGCGCUCCCGCGCAAGAAGAACUUCAUGGUCGAAGAGGGCAGGCCGUGCGACUUGCUGACUGCUGCCCCCGAAGUGGUGAAGCAAGGGGAAUUCAGUGCAAAGUCGGACGUUUGGGCCGCCGGUUGUGUGAUUUUCGAACUGCUUCAUGGGCACCCUCCGUUCGGAGGCACUGGGAAGGCCCUGGUACAACGCAUUUGCCUCGGAGAGCCGGAGUUCAGCGAGCUCGGAACCUCCACCGGAGGCCUCUCAGAGAAUGCCUUGGACCUCCUCCGCUGGAUGCUUCAACGCGAGCCCGGGCAUCGGCCAUCGGUAUCCGAGUGCUUGAAGCAUCCGUGGUUUGAAGGCUACAAUGUGGAGCGCCCCAGCAAGCAAGUGUGGCAGGUUGAAAAGCUGAUCCGCCACGUCAAGCUGUGGGGAAAGCCGCCCCACUCUCGGCAAAACCUCCCGGCCUCGAAUCUCCUAGCCUCAAAGCGCGGCGCUGUGACUCCUGGCUUCUGUACUUACAUGGGCGCCACCUCGGUCGACAUCGACUUCGAAGUCAUCGGCAAGACGGAGGAGCAGCAGUAUUGGGUGACGAAGUGCCUUCUAUCGCUUUGGGGCCGGGAGGAGAACCCACGGCAGGUGCAGCUCAAGGUCUGCGUGAAGCCGGGAGCUCCCUGGGUCGAGCUGGGAUCCUGCACACUGGACGAUGCUACGGCGCUGGAGGCAUCGAUCAAGAUCGACAAGCCCAUCCGAUAUGUGCGCAUAUCAUUGCGGGGCAAUCUGGGCGGCCACUUCGGCAUCGCCGUGCGGAAGGUCUCUUUCUAUGGCUACCAGGUGCGACAGGUUCCGAUUGCCUUGCAGCUGGAAAACCUGCGCUUCCUCCGUGGCAGCCGCCUCCACACCCAUGCUUCAGACAUCCACCCCAAAGAGGUCACAUCGCGCGUGCACAAGUCGCUGCAAAGCAGCCUCCGUGUCGGCCGACGCAUUGAGGGCACCGGUGCCAAGUAUCGCGUGUACGAAGACAUCUGCUCUGGCUCGCCUCACAUCACCACGGCCGCAGAAACUCCCAGGCUCAAAUUCCCUCGUGGUGUGGUGCUCGUCGGAGCUGUCCUCGGUUUGCGCUACGUGUCCGACGUGCCGUCGAAGGAGUCCGCACCACCCAGGCUGCGCAUUCAGAUCGUCAAGGAAGCUCACACUUCGGCCGACCAAGAAAGGCGCCUGAAGAAGACACUGCUCUUUGCGACAGAGGACUUGACCCCACCGAGCUGGAAAGCUACUGAGGUCUUGGGCAACGGUUACGUGGACUACCCUGUCAUGUUUGCCACUGGCAUACGAGCGUUUGGAGACGACAAGCUGCACCUGGAAGUGCUGUUUCAGAACUUCUCGGGCACUGCGCAUAUCCCUGCAGACAUGGGCCUUUCCUUCUUUUACGUGCCGGAGCUGCAGUCUCCCAGCACCUCCGAGGAUGAAGGGGUGGCGAAAGAAACUGCAGUCACGCAGCUGCGGAAGACGCGCACAGAGGCAAAGGAGGAGGGGGAAAGACAGGCAGCAGAAAGGGAAGCAUCUGUCGGGCAGUCGGCGGCAGAGGCCCCACAAAGCCAAGCCGUACAGCUCGACGAGGACGAGGAAGUCUUGGCACAGGAGAGUGAUGCUGGCGAGGGCUGGGAAGAGGAGCUGCAGAAUCACCUGGACAAGCAGGUUGAUGAGACUCUUUUCGGCAACAGCGGCUUGCCGUUUUUCAGCCAAGAGGAGGGUGGUGCCUAUCGGCCCAGUGCUGCGAAGGGCCAGGGCCAGGAGUGGUGGAAGACCGAAGACGAUUCGAAGCCGACGCAG